ACAGACACAUUAUAUUACCACUUUGACGAAAAACCAAAAAAAAAAACACAUCCCCAUAGAAGAAUAAAAUAAAAAUUGUAGUAAUUAUAAAAUCUAUUUGGAUUCCGUCUGAUAGAAAAAAGAAGCCUCUAUUUCCCUCUAUUCCUCUCCAUCUCCUGUCGUUUUUUGGCGGUUUUGAGCUUUUCUCUUUCGAACAUUCGCUCAAAUUUUUUUUUUCACUUAGCACUCACACUCUCUCUAAGGUUUUGUUUAGCUGGAAAUUAAGUAGAUCGGAGAGUGACAAGUGGUUGGCGUUUGGUUUACGGAUGAAUGAGGCAAAAUGCAAGCGCAAGAAGCAAGAGAUGCAAUAAUGACCCAAGAAUGUUAAGGGAACAUGAAGAAGAACUAGAGAUUCUUUUGUUAUUUGAAAAUUGGACACAUGAAAGCAGGUUUGGAUAAUACAAGUUAAGGUCAUAACAUGAAAACAGAUCGGAAACCACAUUUGAUAAAGAAGCUUUCUGACAUGAAACGUCAAAGGGUAGAUGAAUCCAUCGUUCCUGGCUUGGAAGAUGAAGCAACUGAAGUUGAGCAUUUGCUUGCGGAACCUAAAAGUGAGCAUGUUUCAGUAGAUGGAGUCCUAUGUCUUGGGAAGGAGAAUUUAGAGAAGCACUUGAAAAUGGAGGACUUCUCGUGUGCUUUUGAUUAUGGCUGGAAAAUCAAUUGUGGUGGGCUGGAUUCUAUUCAUGGUCAAGGAGGAGACGAUUUGAAGCUUGAAGUUCUUGAUGGAUUGCUGGAUGAAGUUGAUGAAGUGGAUGAUAUUCAUGCAGCCCAUGAUCUUUCUGGUGCAUGUGAAGAUUUUCUUUUGGAUAUUGAAUUUCCAGAAAAGUUUGCUGAAUUGGAACCUUGUGAAGGAUCAAAUUUGCACAACUCAAGUUCAGAAAGUCAUUCUCCUGGAUUUAGUGGAAGUAGUAAUAGUGCUGGUGGCAUAUCAGAAUCAUCAAUUGCAGCUGUUCAAGAAUCCAACGGCAGGAAUGGUGUGCUUGGGAAGAUGGUCAAUUGUGAUGUACAUCAGACCUUUUGGAGCAAAUGUGGGUGUCAGGCUCCAGUUAUGGACACCAUACAUCCUACUAUAGAAAACGUGCAAGAUCUUGAUCAGUCUGAUGAUGAUGAAAAACCUUUAGUAAGUUUCAUAUUGUCUAAUAAGAAAGUAAAAAGCUCCGUUAAAGUAACAAGAGGUGGCACUCUUCUCAGACAGAAGAGACUGCGGAAGCCUACAAGGAGGUAUAUUGAGGAAUUUUCUAGAAAUUCUACUGCUUCUGGAAAGAAUAAGCGCCUUAAAGUCAGAUCACAAGAACUUCCUCAAGACCCAUCUGAAUCCCGGCCACGGAGAGGACGUCCUAGGAAAAUUGUGCCACAAUUGGAGCUUGAAUCUGAUUAUGAGCUUUCUGCAUCUGAAUCUGAAGAUGAGCUUGAGAAAAGCAAAAGAUCCAAAACGGCUUGUGAUAGGAGGAAGCAUCAAAGGAUGUGGACCCUUGCUGAGGUGAUUAAGUUGGUUGAUGGAAUUGCUCAGUAUGGUGUUGGAAGAUGGACUGAUAUAAAAAGGCUUCUAUUUGCAUCAUCUGCUUAUCGAACACCUGUUGAUCUGAGGGACAAAUGGCGAAAUCUUCUAAGAUCUAGCUCUGCACUUAAACACAACAGGAGAGAGGUUGAUAAUGAUUUGAAGCAUGCUGUACGUCCCCUACCAAAGCCUGUGGUGCGCCGAAUCCGUGAACUGGCCACCAUUCAUCCAUAUCCAAGGGUUCGCAGCCCAAAAAUUUCACCUGUUGAUGCCCCUUCAUCCAAGCACCCGACAACGAAGGGAGCUCCAGUUUACCCUCAUGCUAGAAAUUUACGUAGGAAGAAGUGUAGUUGAAGAAGCAUUUGUGUACUUGCAGUUAAAGCAAACUGUAAUUCAGGCUCAGUUGUAAAGAAGCUGUGUUAUCCCUACAGUCCCCUUAACACCGACCGUGAUCUGCACAUAUGAAUGUUCUCAGAUCAUUAGGAAAUAUCUGGUACAUGUUGCACAAGUAAAAUCCAAAUUUUACAAUUUUAAUAGCCAGGAAUAUUGGCUAACUGAUGUUUAAAGUGUAAGUUUUCCUUCUAUCCAUGUUCUUGACUUUCACUAGUGUUA